CUACGCCACGGCCAUGGGGGCUUUGGAGAGGAGACGCGUUUGCGGAGGGGUGUAAGACAUAGGUACAUACACCACACGUACACACGGGCGGCGGAUGCGCGAUGCUCAUCGCCUUGCUCCCCCGGCUGCGGCGCGUUUUGUUGCUUCGCGGUCCCUUGGCGGUCAGCACAGGGCAAGCCAUAGACAGCGAUGACCCAAUGGCGUCGGGUAUCACAGUUGGGGAUGGGGUCACGGCCGGGCCAGGAAGGGAGAGCGUUGCGACGAUCGAGAAACCAUCACUUUCCGACGACCCUGGUCCAGCAGCCAAUGGAAGCGCCUCCCAGCACCCUGGAAGCCCUGCGCCAGCUCGUUCCGGUUCACGCGGGCUGCGACAGAAGAGGGGGGGGGAGCGGGCAACUUGGCCGGGGGAACGGGCAGACGGGGGUCUGCCAAGUAAACCGACAAAACGACCCUCUUCCCUCAAUGUUGCAAGAUUUGCCUACCUGUGGAUGUACAGGCCAAUAAGUAUAAGCUGAUAGCAUCUACAUCUACAUACACAUUUGUAGAUUGGCAGCUAUUAGAACCUACAGAGUAGGUAAAUGUAUUGAGGUAUAUUGAAGGGGUUCGAGCUGGGAGUCGUUUCUCCUUUCUCAGUAGGCAAG